AUGAUAGAAGUCUUUGGCAUCGCUUUCUCGAUCAUGGGUCUGCUUCCAUCGAUUGCAAGCACUCUCGCAUACUCAAUCCCAGCUGGGCCUGCAGGCAUGGUAUGGAGUUGGUUCCUGGCUAGCAUGUUUAUAUUCGUCGUGGGCCUUGCUAUGGCCGAUUUGGGAUCCGCUAUGCCGACUUCUGGAGGUCUUUACUGGUGGACGCACUACUUCGCCUCCCCAAAGACUCGCAACGCGUUGUCUUUCUUGGUCGGUUAUAGUAACACUCUCGGCCUUGUCGGCGGCCUUGUCUCGAUCGACUACGGCUUCUCGCUUAUGCUGUUGAGCGUCGUUGUACUCGCGAACGACGGCAACUACACACCAUCAUCCGGUGUGAUAUACGCGGUGUUCUUGGGCUGUAUCUUGUGCCAUGGCGUCCUUGCCAGCACACUGAGCAAAGUUAUGGGCAAGCUGCAGACAGUCUUUGUCGCGCUGAAUUUUGUCCUGAUCGUUGCAACCAUCAUCGCCCUGCCUGUUGGUCGGGCAUCGCAAAGGAACAGUGCACACUUCGUCUUCGCGGAGGUCGAGAACUUGACCACGUGGCCGACAGGGUGGGCAUUCAUGUUGGCUUGGCUGUCUCCCAUCUGGACCAUUGGCGGCUUCGACAGCUGCGUCCACAUGUCAGAAGAAGCCUCAAACGCUACUCGUGCAGUACCCUAUGGCAUCAUCAUGUCCAUCGGCAGCUGCUGGCUCUUCGGCUGGAUCUUGACCAUCGUCAUCGCAGCAUGCAUGAAUCCCGAUCUUGAGGCAGUACUCACCAGUCCAUUCGGCCAGCCAAUGGCUCAAAUCUACUAUGAUGCCCUCGGAAAGCGUGGCGCCAUCGGCAUGAUGACUCUACUCUUCAUCGUACAAUUCCUGAUGGGUCUUAGCAUCCUGGUGGCGGCUUCACGACAAAGCUGGGCCUUCAGCAGAGAUGGUGCAUUGCCUUUCAGCAGCUUCUUUCGUAAGAUCAGCGCCAAGCUUGGCUAUAUACCUUUCCGGGCUGUCUGGGGAUGUGUCGGUGUUGGUGCCAUUCUUGGCCUCCUUUCGUUGAUCGCACCGGCCGCCGCUCAAGCAUUAUUCUCGUUGGCAGUGGCCGGCAACAACGUGGCGUGGGGAACACCUAUCCUUUGCCGUCUUGUUUGGGGUCAGAAUAAGUUCAAGCCAGGCCCUGUUUACACAGGCAGGUACAGCAUUGCAAUUGGCUGGACUGCAAUCGUCUUCUUAUGCUUCGGCACACUUCUAGCCAUGUUCCCAGUCGGUGGACCGAACCCAACCCCAUCAAGCAUGAACUACACGGUCGUCAUCAACUCGGCAGUAUGGCUCGGUGCCUUGGCAUACUACUUCAUUGACGCUCGCAAAUGGUUCACUGGGCCAAAGAUCACACUCGACCUUACAGAUCUAAGUGAAAGCCAGGAGAGGGCGAUUGUGUCUGAGGGCUUGGAGGUGCAGCAUGUCAAGCCAAGUCCGGUAGGUGUGGAGCAGAAUGUUGGUGAGAAGAGGGCAGAAGUGUAG